AGAUGCACUGGAUGACCCAGAACUACAGGGAGUGGCACAUUUUCCCUUCUACUUUGGAGCGUCGCGCUCCGGAGCCAAGCAGAAAACGGAAGUCCAGCCCAGGCAGAGAAGAUGCCAUCCCGGAGCUGAACUGAAGCCGGGAGGCAGGAGGAUGAUGGAAGAGGCGCAGGGACAGAGAGGGUCCCAACAAGGCUAGGAAGGAAGAGGGCCCCGUCCCCUGUUGGUCUUUGGCCGGGAGGCAUGGGGGCUCCUCCAAUCCCCCACCAACUCGACCGGACGAAGGAACUCCUGCAUUACAGGGGGUUGGACUAGAUGACCUGUGGCACCCCUUCUCUCCACUCUGCAAUCCUAUGGUUCUGCGGAUGCAGAAAGAGGGCGGCAGGGCUCCUGCGCACCUUCCACAGUUCUGCUAAGGAAGAUAUUGGCAGGGAUCAGAAGGCUCUCCGCCCCCACCCCCACAAUAUCUUUCAAAGAAAAGGGAGGUACUGUAUAAGUGAGAGACCAGACAUGGGACUUGUAAAAAGCAAGAGCACUUCCACAAAUGGAAUGGAAAUCCAGUGCCUGGUGGAUUUGAACCCGUUGCCCGAGGAACUGCUGGAGCUGAUCCUGAGCUGGGUGCCUGCCCAGACACUGGUGACCCACUGCCGCCUGGUGUGCCACAGGUGGAGGGACCUAAUUGACAGGCCCACAGUCUGGAAACUUCAGUGGGAGAGGGACCCACGUAUGCACGAUGCCAUUGAAGCUGCCCACCGAUGCCCCCGAAUGGACUGCAGCCGAGUCGGGGUCCUGCGGCCCUUUGGGAGGAACCUUAUCAAGAAUCCCUGUGGGGCAGAGCAGUUUCGACACUGGGUGAUCCGGCAUGGAGGGGAUGGGUGGAGAGUGGAAGAGAACAGACAGCAAGUGGAAGGAGCAGAGGCCCAGACUUGCUUUGCCUCUUCAUACGUGUGGUGUGUAAAAUCACAGCUGAUUGAUUUGCUGAAAGAAGGUUUUCCGGAGGAGCUCAUGGAUACCUGCCAACCUGAUGUUAUUAUCUGCGACUGGUGGGGUGCCCGGGAAGACUGCGGCUGCAGAUACAAAAUCCGCGUGGAGCUCCUGGCAGCGGAUUGGUCAGUAAUUGCCGAGUUCAACGCUAAUCCAGAUCCCAUUCCGCAGUGGAACGAUGCCCAGUAUCAAAAGGUGUCCCACGUUUUCAGGAGUUACGGCCCUGGUGUUCGCUACGUCCAGCUCUGGCACAAAGGGGUGGACACACAAUUCUGGGCAGGGCAUUAUGGGGCUCGGAUCACAAACUCUACAGUCCUGGUAAAACUCUCGCCGGAGCCCCUGCGGUCUCCCACCAGGGUGUUUUUUUCGCUGCCGCCAAAACAUAUUCCACCCAGAUCACAUUCUUCCAGGUGGAGAAAAAUCCUGAAGUGAUGAGAGGACGUUGUUUGCGGCUUGCAAGGAGGGGUUUUGAGAUACAGGAACCUAAACAUAUAUAUAUUUUUAAAAUGUAUCAAAUUAAAGAACCCCUUGGGUUCCCUUACUGUGAAAUCAAAUAAUCCAUGUUUAACUAAUGUUCGGGGGGGGGGCUGCACUCUGAAAAUAACUUAAGUUCACAAGAGACCUUGAGCAAAGGCUGUUUUUAAAAUGUUAUAUAUAUAUAUAUAUAUAUAUACUAUUUUUUUCUAUUCUUUCUGCCUCCUCCUUUCUUCAAUUUACUAUAAUAAUCUCAAUCAAUCAUUCAAUAAAAUUUUAAAAGAUUUGGCUGGUUCCUUGAAACUGAAUAUUCCGCUUGCAGCAACCAGCAUCUUCCAGGUUCUUGGGCCCAACCACUCUCUCUCUUAAGACAACCAUGCUAGUCUUAAAAUAUAAAAAUGUUUGUGUUUUGGGCACCUAGACAAGCAGAUCACUAAGGGAAGAAAAAUGGAAAUGGCCCGUUAACCACAAAGGUCUGUAGGAAGAGGUGGCUGGAAGACACUGCGCAUGGGAUAUCUUCUCCCCCACCAGACCGGAGGGGCCUUUCAAAUUCUUCUGCCUCCACUUCUGGGGCAGGAUCCAUCCAAGAUCUAACUGGGGACCAUGCCUGCGACAAAAAAAGGCCAUGGUGACCAUACCUGAUAACAAAAAAAAAUUACGUCACAACAGACAACCGGGACAACCAAAACCCAUGAAUCCAUACUCUGUAAGACUUAAGAGAAUGCAGAGGGGAAAACAGAAGUUGGCAAAUGUCCUUGGCUAGGGGUUGCCAUAGUUCGAAGAGCAGAAAAUUAGGACACAUUUGCCAACUUCUAGUUUUAACUAGGGAUCGCUGUGACGAGAUUGCUCAUAAAAAAGAGGAUGUGCCUUGGAAACAGAGGACAAUAUGGCAACCAUACGGCCUCCAGCCCACAGAAAUUCCUCCUAAUUUCCACUAAGGAUGGAAGAACCCCUAAGGAUGGAGUGGGAUUCCUCAGCUUCAAAAUCUAAUGCUAACAACCCUGUGGCAAAAUGGAGGGAGAUGGGCUAAAGAUUUUGGAUAUAAUAAUUCAGUUAGAAUCCUGGAAAAGGUUGUGGAAGUAAGGUAUUCAUUUUACUGCAUGCAGUGCACUUAAAGAAAAUGUUAUGAAAAUGAUGUACAGAUGGUUCCUAACACCAGCUAAACUUGCUAAAAUGUACAAGACAAGAACCAACAAGUGUCGGAAAUGUAAAGAAAAGGAAGGUAUCUUCUACCACAUGUGGUGGACUUGUAAAGAGGUAAAGGCUUUAUGGGAAAUGGCAUAUAAUGAGUUAAAGAAAAUGUUUAAAAAUACUUUUGUUAAAAAACCAGAAGCCUUUUUAUUGGGUAUAGUAGGUGAAGAGAUACCAAGGGGAGAUAAAAGACUGUUCAAGACUGGAAACAAGAAGUACCAACGAAAGAAGAGGGGCAGAUGAAGAUGAUGGACUUUGCAGAACUGGCGAAGCUGACAGGAAAAAUCCGAUACCAGCAAGACCAAGUAUUCCAAAAGGACUGGAGUAAAUUCAUACGAUAUCUGAAAGAUUAUCGUAAACAAUUAACAUCCCUUGCAGGGUUGUCCGAUGACUUGUAAUGAGAAGUUUUCUUGACUUGUAGUGAGAAGUUUUCUACCUUUCUAGAUUUAUUUAAAUUUUGAGCUAUUUUGUAAUGAGUGCAAUUGGAAUUGGAAAACGUACAAAAUGCAAUGAUAUAAAUAUUAAUUUUGAAAGCCAUGAGGCGGGAGGGAAGGAAGUGAAUAGGCUCUAAAGAGCCAGGGAGGUAAAGUGGAUAAUAAUGAUGUGAAUGUAUAUUAUUAAAUGGAAAAUACAGUGAGGGGGGAAAGUAUUUGAUCCCCUGCUAAAUUUGCCCGUUUGCCCUCUGACGAAUUAAUGACCAGUCCAUAAUUUUAAUGGUAGGGUUAUUGUAGCUGUGAGAGAGAGAAUAACAUCAGGAAAAACCCCAGAAACCCAGAAGACAAAAGUCAGAGAUUGAUGUGCAUUAUAAUGAGUGAAAUAAGUAUUUGAUCCCCUAUCAACCAGACAGAUAUCAGGCUACCUGGUAUAUUCACUGUAUGUAACCAGCUGAGAAAAAUAUGCUGUGUGUGUGUGUGUAUGUAUGAGAGAAUGAAAUGGAGGAGGGAGAACCUUCUUGUGAAAAAAAUCCUGAGGGAAAGAGUGUUUAUACAUGUUAUUUGGCUGCUAUCUUCUAGAAAUUGUUGCCUUGGAAAGGUUCACCUGCGGAGGAGAAAAAGGCAGGAAAACGCCUCAGCUCGAGGGUCUCUGCCCUGUUUGCUCAAAUCCCUGCCUGUUCUGAGGAAAAAAUGUCUAACCUCUCCAUAGAAACAACCCUGAAACAAAAAAAUAAAAUGAUUAUCAUUAGUAGAAGUAGUAUUAUUAGAUCUCUGAGGGAGGGAGGAACCGACAGAAAACCUAAACAUUUUUGCAACUCCCUCCAAAUAGAGGGAUGUUCAGAAAAGAAAAGCACACAACCUGACGUACCCAGUGCCCACAUUAAAGUUUUUUGUGAAAAAUUAACACUCUGCAGUGGUUUCGUUACACAAAUGCACAGGCCUAAACCCUUUUGCUGGAACAUGAGGAGAUCAAGCAUGGCAGAUGGCCGCCCAACUUUUGCUUAAAAACCUGCAGAGAAGGAGAGGCUACAACCUCCCAACGUCGUCCUCAUCAAUGUAGACACUAUUGAAAAUGUCCUCUGGAGAUAAUGGGUUUAAGGGUAAAUUGGAUCAUGCCCUCAGAGACAUGUUCAGAUACCUGGAGAUUCCAGAAGUGUUAAAUAUAGAUUAUAUUCAUUAUCCUUUUAUUACAGCAAAUACUGUUCAUCUUAGGUCGCGGGAGGUGAUGCACUUCACAGGGGUUGAGAUCAUUGUGCAAUGUUGCUUUAAUUGGGGAGAGAGAAUCCUUCAAAAGAAGGGUGGAUUAUCAUAUUUUUUCAUUACUGGAGCAAGAAUUGCACACCUAUAGCCAAAGCUACUUUAAUAAAAGUCGGGGAAGAGUUGGAAGGAUUUUUAAUAAUGGCAUUCAUUCACUCUAGGAGCUUUUUACAUUGACCCUGGGGGGAAUUCAAAUCCACAUUCUGUUCAAGUAUUAUAUUCUUCUUAUUUGUUUGGUUUUUUUAGGGGGGGAAACCCAACACCAGAUACUUUAAAAAAUAAAACCAGAAUCUUUAAAACUUGAUUUUUUGUUGUUGUUGUUCUUGCGACAGCUCUCGUGGCCUAUAAAGGUUUCCACUGAUUUAAAGUCUACAGUAAAAAAUAUUACAUAUCAAACUGGUUCAUCAUCAGUUUCCGACUGUACU